AUGCCCUACAACAACACUCCCAUCACUCCUUCGACCGAGAUCACCGGCACCGUCUCCCUCCCACUCGCCAGAGUCAAGAAGAUCAUCCAUGCCGACGACGACAUCAACAACUGCUCAAACAAUGCCGCCUUUGCCAUCACCGCUGCUACUGAGCUCUUUCUACAGUACCUCGUUGAGCAGACUCAGAAUGUCGUCAAGGCCGAGAAGAAGCCUAGAAGGAACAUUCAGUACAAGGACGUCGCCAGUGCAGUUGCCCGUGUAGACAACCUCGAGUUCCUGGCCGAUGUCGUCCCCAAGACCGUUACCUACAAGGAACACAAGGCCAAGAAGCAGAGAGAAGAGAAGGAAGCUGGACAGACCACUCUCCCUAUUGUCGCAAACACUGCCACCGCUACUGCCACUCUCCCUACUGCCGCCCUCCCUGCUCACUCCGACCCCAUUCCUGCUUCCGUUCAGGUACAGCUUAUCGAUCCCAUGGAUGAAACUUCUUGA